CCCGAGCUUCCUGGAGCCUUUCCCGAGCUUCCCGGAGCCCUUCCCAAGCUUCCAGGAGGAGAAGGAGCCGGCAGAGUUUGUUUGCUCCAUGUCCGAGCCCGGUGAAGCGGGGCCGGGGGUAGGUGGAACACUUCACCUGACAGUCUAAAGAAGAUCCAAACCCCAUGGAGGGCUCUAGAUGGAAUAUUCCAGUGGAAUGGAUAAACAACUGCUGAUCCUCUAGAUGUUACAGGAAUGUGACUCCAGAAAAAAAAACGUCCUUCUCCAACAGCUCCAUUGUGGACGUUUGAUCAGACUUUGGUUUCUGGAAAUGCUUCACCAUGGCUUCGUCUGGGAAGGGGAUGGAAAGAUGGACUCAGAGGCAAGGUGGCAGGGCUGGGGAGCUGGUGGAGCCCCUGCCUUCUGAUGGUGGUGCUGGUCUGGCAGGAGUGAAGCUGAGCAGCAGCACAGAUCAUCUCUCACACCUCCCCAGAAGAGCAGACUCUGCUUAUAGCUCUUUCUCAGGGGGAUCAAACAUUCCAGAGUAUCCCAGCCCCCCGUGCCACGGGGAGAACUGCUCUGUGCCUCCAGAGCAGGCACCCUACAUGGACUCAGAGUAUGUAAGAGGCAUUUACAACCUCAGUGCAGCAAACUCUGACCUCAGGUACCUCCACCCAGACCCGAGCAUCCCUGACAGUGCUCAGGGCACCAGCCUGGAUGGUGGACACACUCCUACCCCAGGGAUGCUCAGCCAGGGACCACUGCAGGGACCUCUGGCUGCACCUCCUCCUUCUCCUCCCACCCGACUUGACAGCUACAAAGUCACCAGACACCUUGAAAACUCCAAAAGGAGACCCAACUCUGGAGCCACAGCUCCCUGCCUGCAGGAAAAUCACCUGGCAGAGAGGGAUGGAGCCUGGAGUCAGCUCAGGGGUGGCCUUACUGAGCAGGGGAAAGUGGCUGCUAGGAGAAAUGCCCUGGAAAGCAAGGCUCUGUCUUCUGCUGGUUCUGCAACUGAGGGACCUGUAGCCAAAUUUCAGGGGUUAAAGACAGAGGAAAACAGAGAGUGGAGCCCAUGCCAACAGCCUGCAAAGAGGGGUAACCCCCACAUCUUCAGCAGACCUUCUUCAGUCAUUUUCCAAGAGUAUUUAAAGACUGACUCUGUGGCUAAUGUCCCUAAAGUCCUUUCUGCUUAUAACUCGGUUCAGACUUACAGAAUUCCUGGAGAGAUGAACCCCAGGUCCUGUCACCCAGUGAGUACCAACCCUGGCACUGUUAAUGAUGCAGGAGAAGACAAACCCUGUCCCUGCAGUGCAUGGAAGCCAAAAUCCAGAGAAAUGGACCUGCAAAGCCCCGUGCCAGAGCCCAGCCAGCAGUGCCUGCUCAGGGCCAAGCUUCAUUCUGACUUGGAUCAAGAUGUAUUUAAGGACAGUUGUGACUUAAAGUGUACAGAGAGUGCUCUUCUGAUUAAAAAUGCUCCCAGGAAGCUGAACAGUUGUAGGGAGGAAAAUGGGUGCUGUGACUCUGAAGGAGAAGCUGGGAAGGAUUUUGGGGAACCCCUCCUGAACCUGCAAAGCAAAAUGCAGAGGUCAGCAGUGCCCUGCAGCUGGGAUGCUGCAGAAGGGGAGCAGCCUCCCGGGGAGGGCUCAGCCCAGGGGAAGAAGCAGUGCUGUGACAGUACUCCCCAAAUUGAAUCUGUUUUCAGACCAAAGGAGGAUUCCACAUCUCAGUUUUCACCCAAAGUCCAGAAAGAAAACCAGGCUGGUAAGAGCAGUCCUGACUCCAGCAGGCAUUUAGGAGAAGCAGAACCUCCUGCUCAAAAAUACCAACCUGAGCUCUCCAAACAGCUCCUGAAACAACUCCAGGGUGAUCUUGCUGGUGAACAAAUAAGCAGGCAGACAACUCCCAUGCUUUACUACCUUUCUGGGGGGAAAGCCACCACCAUCCUGCACCCCAGCAGGCUGACCCCCCGCAGCGAGGACUCGGGGAGCUCACCAAAGGAAUUCCCAGCCAGCAGCCCCCCUGCCUCAGCACGGAGCCUGGAGAUCCAGAGGGAAAACCAUCAGCUGCAGAGGAGCCAGCAGCACCAGCACUGCAGGGCUGGGGAUCUCCUGCCUGGAGAUCUCAUCCCGGGAAGUCCUGCUUCAUCCACGGAUGAGAGCUUCAAGAAUGACUACAGAGAGAAGCUGAAAGUGGCUCAGAGAAAGGUUCUGAGAGAAACCUCCUUCAAGAGAAAAGACUUACAGAUGAGUUUGCCUGUUAGACUCAGACAGAAGCCCUCCAAAAGGCCUUCAAUUGAACACCUCAGGUCCUUCUCCCUCUCCAGUGCAGGGGAGGAUGCCAGACCUCUUCCUUCUUCCCCUUCUCCUCUCUCAUCCUUGGAAAGCUUCCCCAGAGAUGAAGAAGUGAAGAGGCCACAAGCAGGUCGAAUAGGGGGCAGGAAAAGGGUGACAAAGGAGCAGAAGAAGCUGUGUUACUCUGAGCCUGAGAAGCUCAACCAGCUGGCAGACAAGGAAGUGCCCUGGAGCCAAGUCAGGGAUGAAAUCAGUGAGCAGGAUAUAGCAGCAGCCAGGAGAAAGACUCUGGAAAACAGAGGGAGGGCACUUUCCAGCUCAGGGAUCUCCAGGACAGAGCUGAAACAGAUCCAGCAAAGUGCCCUGAUGGAGUACAUGGAAAGAAAGAGAAACCAGAGAGCAGGAGGCUCUCAGCACCUCCCUCUGCACCAACCCCCCCAGCACAAGAGGCUGUCCCAUCCCAAAUGGGCUCCUGGCAAGGCUUCCAACCCCCAGAGGAGCAGGGAGCUGCAAACCACUGAGGUUUUCUGCCCACUUGCCUCUAAAGAAACAUCACCAGAGGGUUUUCCUCCCUUGGCAUUUGUUCCCCCCCAGGGUCUGAGCAGCAGGAGUGACCCCAGCUCUGCUGCUGGGACUGGGGGCUCGCAGCAAUCCCUGGCUCCCCAAAAAGUGGGGGGAAGCUGCAGCAGCAAACGUGGGGCUUCUGCAUCUGGGAGAGCUCAGGAGAGACCAAGAUCCACUCCCCCUUCCACGCAGGACACAGGAGGAGGUGUGGGUGGUGCAGUGACCCUGUCUCAGAGUCGUGGGAGCUGUCUGGGUCCCCCCAGUUCCUGUGACCCUGAGAAAGGUGGAUGUAAGAAUCCUGAAUGCAAAGACAAUUCCAUACCUGGAGAUGCAGAUUGUCAGGGGGCUGAGGACCUAAACCCUGAAACCUCUGUUCCUGCCCCAAGAAGUGGAACCAAGGGAGAUGCUGGGAUGGAGGAGGGAAGCAGGAGGAAGUCUCUGGAUGGCAAGGACGUGAUGCAGCCUGGAGAACCUGCAGCCCCCUGGGAACAGGGCACAUCCUGCCCCCCAGCACUGGCUCAGCCUCCCCAGGGGGACAAAACUACAGCCAAAGGUUCAGCUGCAAGGCAGAGCAGCCAAGGGGAUCUUCUCCCCAGGAGGGAUUGGGAUCAGCCCAGCAGGAGAGCACAAUCUGCUGAGGACCAGAGGUGCCAGGAGCUUGCUAUGGAGAUUGUUGCCCAAGACAGUUCCCUGGGUGACAUUCUCAUGGCUCAUCCUGUUAGGAAGAGUGUGCUGGACUUGAUGGAGGGUCUGUUUCCUGGGAAUGUUUCCAUGCUGGAUAAAUCACACAGAAAAAAGGGAGAUGGAAGGCAUGCCCAGGAGAAUGACAGGAAAAGCAGCAGAGAUGCAACAGAAGAAUGUCCUGAAUCUGAGCAUGAUGCCAAGCAAAGGAGUGGAGAUCCCACCUCGAAGGGAAACCAGGUCCUGAGCAGGAGCAGGGGCAGCACAAAGGACCUGGAUGACAUCACAUCUAAGAAGCUGGAACUCAUCUCCAGGCUCCGUUGGAAGCUGCAGAACCUGUGGGAAGAACGGGAAGUGGUGCUGGGGGAAGCCCAGGAGUGUGCCCGGCGUGGGGAGGAGCUGGAAGCCCUGGUGCAGGACAUCUGCAAACCCAACGAGUGCCAGCGCUACCUGAUGUUCAUCGGGGACCUGGAGAAGGUGCUGAGCCUCCUGCUCUGCCUCUCCAGCCGCCUGGCCAGAGUCCAGGAUGCCAUGAGGAGGAUGGAUGGGAAUGCAGAUGCUGAGGAGAAGCACUCACUGAAUGAAAGGCACAAGCUCCUGUCCAGGCAGAGGGAGGAUGCAAAGGACCUGAAGGAAAACCUGGAUCGUCGGGAACGAGUGGUCUUUGGGAUCCUGGCCAAGUACCUCACUGAGCAGCAGCUCCAGGACUACCAGCACUUUGUUCAGCUCAAGACCUCCUUGCUGAUUGAGCAGAAGGACCUGGAAGAGCAGAUUAAAUUUUUCAAAGAGCAAUUAGAAAACCUGGAAAAAAGCAUCCCCCUCUAGCAGCCCCCCCCUAAACGGGAUGCUCCUUUCUACACGUGGGAACUGGGGACUGGAGAUCCCCCCACACACACUCAGCUGGGGGAAUUCUUGCCAUCCUUUACAUGCCACAGUAUUGACCAAGUGCUUGGGUGCUCUGAGGAUGCUCCAAGCAGAGGUUUGGACAUUCCUUCCCCUCUGGCCAGGCCAACUGGGGGCAUCCUGCAGCACACACAGCUUGGAGAUGUCUGCCAGGAUUUCUGCCUCCUCUUGGCUUGGCAUGAAUUCCCCCUUCUUGUCUCCUGUCCAUCUGUUUCCAGAUUGACAUCAUCCCAAUAAAAGAACCAUACAAAUAUUUGCCUCCUGUGGGUGGGCUGAGUGUUUGAAAUGGAAAAGGAUGUGGGUGUUCAGCUGGAGGCUGCACAAAGCCAGGGGAAACCUGGAGUGUUCUGGGGAAACUCCUGCACUGAAAAUACACUGGGAUGGGAGAAAAUAAUGAUUCCCUUUCUUGGCAGCUGCCAUACAUGGAUCUUUCCUGGCUCUGUGGAAUCCCAGGAAG